AGCAUGGAGGCCAUCUGGCUCUACCAGUUCCGCCUGAUCGUCAUCGGCGACUCCACCGUGGGCAAGUCGUGCCUGAUCCGCCGCUUCACCGAGGGCCGCUUCGCCCAAGUCUCCGACCCCACCGUGGGCGUGGAUUUCUUCUCCCGCCUGGUGGAGAUCGAGCCGGGCAAGCGCAUCAAGCUGCAGAUCUGGGACACGGCCGGGCAGGAGAGGUUCAGGUCCAUCACCAGAGCCUACUACAGGAACUCAGUAGGUGGCCUGCUCCUCUUUGACAUUACAAACCGCAGGUCCUUCCAGAAUGUCCACGAGUGGCUAGAGGAGACCAAAGCUCACGUCCAGCCCUACCAGAUCGUCUUCGUCUUGGUGGGCCACAAAUGCGACCUCGACACGCAACGCCAAGUCACCAGGCACGAGGCCGAAAAACUCGCUGUUGCCUACGGCAUGAAGUACAUUGAAACCUCCGCCCGGGAUGCCAUUAACGUGGAGAAGGCCUUCACCGAUCUCACCAGAGACAUAUACGAGCUUGUGAAAAGAGGGGAAAUUACCAUCCAGGAGGGCUGGGAGGGGGUCAAGAGCGGGUUUGUCCCCAACGUAGUGCAUUCCUCCGAAGAGGUGGUGAAGUCAGAUAGGAGAUGCCUGUGCUAAUGGCCGAGUCCGAGCGAGGAAAGAUUACGCCGAACUUUAACUAACCAAAACAUGCCCUGCUAUAUGAACUUGGUAGGACGGAAGAGAAUGUGGCACUAGUGCAGCAAAGGCCAGGUGCUUUGGAUCUUGGAAGAACAGAAGCACCCGGAGGGUGGGGUGGGGAUUGUAACCCCCAUUAAGUAGGAAUGACCCCAGAUGCAUGCUUAUGUAGUAAGAGAUGGAGCAACGUAAGGCAGAAAAGAUCCGGUAGCGGGUAGUAAGUGGCCGGGGAUUUUACGUGCCCUGUUCUAAAUGAAUCUGUCAUUCUGCUUUGUGUUGAACCCGCAAUCCGGAUAGCUGCUUAAUAUGAGACGUAUUUAAAGCAGGAGCAAGAGAGAGAGAGAAUGUGUGUAAAAUCUUGGCUUCUAUCAAUAUUAU